AUGGAAGGGGUUAUGGGAAAUUGCCCGAGAAUGAAUUGGGAUGCAAAUGAUUUACAAACAGUAAGAGCGUUACAAAAGCGCAUGUUGGAAAUUAUUCAUCAUUCACAUCAGGGUAUAGUUAAGUGCAAAAAUGGUGUUAUUUAUAGACGUAACCGAAAGCAUAUUAGGAAAGUACCAAAUCAUGACUACGCGGUCACAGAGGAACUAAUAGAUAGUUUUUCGGAAAGGGAAACGGAGCAAAGUCAGAAUAUAACUGACAACAAAGGACAAGAAACGUCAGCAUCAGUAACCAGAAGACCGAGCACGAGAUCGGGUCGUAAUAUAAAGUUACCAAGGAACUCGAGGACUAUGUAUUAG